AUGUCUGUCGGCGGUUGUGAUGAACAGGACGUCAAAACACAGACCCUUUGGUGGACACGACGGCUGAGCGGACGGGCGUUCGGCACCGGAAUGGCGGCCAAAGACUCGAUGCGACGCUUCGGCGACGACUUGACGGAACUGUUGCUGUCGUUCCUGUCGUUGAGCGAGAAGUUGCGCUUUGAAUGUGUGUCCACUCAAUGGCAACGACUCGUCUUCAGACGCCAUCGCGAGCUCGUCGUCAAGAACUUCUUGCAUAAGAUGGUCGACAGCGACGGCCAGAGAAGCGUCCGAUUGGAGCGAAUGGCGACAAUCGUGCGGAAGUGUCGGUCUCUGGAAGCGCUGGACUUCAGUGAAUGUCAUUCAGUCGCCAAUUAUUGCCAAAUGUUUGCAUUGAUUGCCGACAACUGUCCGCAUAUGACAUACAUUAAGUGCGAUCUGAGUCUCGUCUCCGAAGACGUCUUCGAGGCGUUCGCCGCCAAACUCGGGCCACAAUUGCGCGGAUAUGACGUCCGCGCGAACAACCAAUCGGUCGAAAACACUCUCUCUCUCCGUCUUCUUCGCGUUUGUCGGCAUUUGCGUGAAUUGAACGCAAACUUAUCGCACAUUACGUCCGGAGAUGAGGUGUUGGCGCGAAAUCUGCGCCGAAUGUCGUUCUUCUACACUCACAAAGACGUCCAGUCGUUGCGGACAUUCGUCGCGCAAAACGCGGCGACUCUGAAGGCGUUGGAAGUGAUGUCCGCCGACAGCGAGUGGACGAACUGCGAGUCUUCGCGUUCGAAGGCCGCCAUCGCUGGCCUGCGAUAUAUCGACGACCCGUUCGCCGCUCUCUUCUGUUCGUCGCCUCUCAAGAGAACGCCUGAAAUCAAUAGAGGAUAUUAUGGCCGCUGUCUGGCCGUCAAUCACGUGAUCCGCGAGUUCUGCCGCCGAGAGGGCGCGUCUGCGCAGGUCGUGAACAUCGGCUCCGGAUUCGACGCUCUCUUCUGGCGACUGUCGGCCGAGAAGACGCCGUUCGCGCGCGUCGUCGAUGUGGACACUCCUCACGUGUGCGCGCAGAAGAUCCACGCCAUCGACAAAUGGCCGCAAUUGAAGGCAGAGGUGGCGGAAGAGCGCCGCGAAGGAAGUCGUGAAGGAAGUCUUCAUUCGCGGCGCUAUCACUGCAUCGCUUCCGACGCCACGAAAGGCCGCAAAUUGACGCAACUCUUGACCGAAGAGUGCGAAGUCUCGUCUUCAGCGCCCGUCCUCUUCGUCUUUGAGUGCGUUCUCCUCUAUUGGUCUAAAGACACGACCGAAGCGCUCGUCGCCACUCUCUCGCGCGCCUUCACGUCCGCCGCGUUCCUCGUGUUCGACGUCUUCAACACCGACGACCGCUUCGGUCACGUGAUGCAGGAAUCGCUGUCCCAGAGGGACACUCCGCUUCUGGGCGUCGCGUCGUCGCAAUCGCUGGACGACUGGCGCCAGAAGUUCGUCCAAAACGGCGCCAAAAACGUGACGGUUUGGGACAUGAAGACAGUCUACGAGGAACUGUUGCCGCGCGAAGACCGACAGCGCGCCGAACGCCUCGAGUUUUUGGACGAAACGGAACUCUUGACUCAACUCCUCAGUCAUUACUGUCUUCUCUUUGCCUCCAAUUAUUGCCCCGUUUUUUGCACUUCCGACUCUUCGGACCCGAAGAUCACCGCCGAUGCCAUCAAUUCAGUUGCCGUCCGAGUAUGGAAUCACUCGCGACACCUGGUGUCCGAUUCACGCAACCAGAGGUUCUGUGGUUCGCCACCAGAUGUCAGCGGCGUUGCCGUCGACCCCAAAAGCAAAGCAUAA